AUGGAUUGUACUGAAGCUGAAGAGACUUUUGAUCCUGUAGAAGGUUUCGGUAUUCAAGACUCAAAUCAGUCGUCCGAUAAUUUUCAAAAGUUUAUAUAUGAACUCUUUGAUAAAAAUGGUAUAAUAAAUGAUUUGCGAGCCUAUUUACGGGGGCAUAUUAUAAAUAUUCUGAAAAGUGCUGAGACAGGUGAUCUCCCAGUUUGCCAAAAGAAUUUCGCUCAACGAUUGGAGCUUCCAUUUCAAGCUUUGAAUAUAUUAAUUAUUGAAUAUUUAUUGACCAUGGAAUUCAACUAUACUAUAUCUGUAUUCAUAUCAGAGGUUCCAUUAGCAAAUAUGGUGUUUAACUUUACAAAAAAUCUUCUAAAUCCUGAGACUGAGUCAAAAGUAUCCAAUUUGAGGUUUGAUGAUGGAGAUAUUUGGUCUGUCCUUAAUUGUAUAGGUCUGAAAUGUAGCUCAGAGCAUGCUCUGAAGAUUGUGGAAAUGUAUAAAAAUGAAAAGCGACCGUUGUUGUAUUGUAUUCUUAAAUGUGUGUCAUUGUAUCAUGGAGCUAUAUCAGAUCAUAGUUCUGUUCAAAGUUCCGAUACUGUGGAUGAACCAAGUCGUUUAAGUCAUAAAUGUAAGCAUUAUGUGUUCUGCAAGGCCUGUCAGUACAGAGUCGCUCGGCUUAAAGAGAAAUAUAAGUGGAAGAAAGCAAAGGCUGCCAAGAUGUUCCAAGAGCUUAAAACAGUUUAUGAAACUGAAAUGGAAAUGGUUAAACAGGAACAACAGAAAAAACUUAAACAUUCUAUAGCGAGCCACGCGCUUCAGAUGCAAAGCUAUAAGGAAAAGAUGGAGAGAUCAUUUCAAGAGCGCGAAACCGCAUUAUCUGAAGCUAUUCAGCGAAAAAAACGUUUUCUAUGGGGACUGGCGAGGAGUUUGAGGGAACAACAUGACAACCUCACACGGGCUAUGACGGCUGUAAGGGAACAGAACGACAGACUUACACAGAAGGAGAGCAGUUUGAAAACCCAACUAGAAGAAGCUGAAAACGCUCUGAAGAAACGCGGCGAGGAAAUGAGACAACAGAUAUCACACGAACUGGUUGUACUAGAAGAACAUCUGGAGAACAUUAAGAGAGAGAGAGACAGCAUCAACGAACAAAGGAAAGAGAUGGAGAAUGAGGAGGCGAGGAAAUGUAUGGAGAGUGAGAGAGACAGGAGAUGUGUGACAGAGAGGGGAACAAACACGGACAGAGGGACCGUGUAUAAUAAUGAGAUUGGUAACAACGACUGGAGUAGAACGAAACAGCUGGUGAAUGAUCUGAAGAUACAGAAAACUGUUAACUACCCGCAGACGAAUUACGAAAACAAUUAUAAUGUAAGCGAAAGAUCUUCGUCCAGCGAGGUCGUUGACACCGAGGAAUCCCGGAACGAUUGUCGAAUAAGUGUUAGGAAGAGGAGCGAAUCCCGGGGACGGGAUAACCGGGAUCAGACACGGGAUUGCGAGGAACUGGGAGAUGUGAGGGGCCCGGAUGUGGAGGAACUGAGACAAGAGAAUAAUAGAUUGAAAAAUUUUGCUAGACAGCAACGAGAUUACAUACAAGCGUUGGUUAAUGAAAGGGAUCGCCUCGAGCGAGCUCUGGCCGCUCCCUUCAGACCUAGGACCGCGCCUAGUGUGCCUGACUCGUCUGCAGGGCCUCGAAUGGAUGUGAGUCCCAGUGGAGUGUUGUCUCGUCGAUUUACAGUUGAGGAACGACGUGUCGUGUCGGACCCGUGGCGUCCUCGUCACGUGUCUAAUAUCAGCGAGUCAAACAAAAGAAGAGAUUCCCUCGAAGUAACUUCAGGUAUUCGUCCUGAGAGAGAUAUUGUAUAUCAACAAUACGGUGAGUUACCAUCGAGAGCGACUUACCAUACAUUUCCAGAGCCGAGCAAAUCGAGAGAGAAAAGUCCUAAGUCAAUGUUAAGGGAAGCGAAGGAGAGAUUGAGGAACAGCACAGCGAAACCAAAUCCACCUCAACCGGAUAUACGCGAGAAGAGUCCCACAUCCACACUGAGAGAGGCGAAGUUACGACUGAGGAAACUAGAAAUAGAAGCAGAGGCUGUGGAGAAGAGUUACCAGAACUAUAGAAAGAGACAGGAGAUGAGAGGGAGAGAGGGGCGGGGCCACGGGGGGCGGGGCUUACAGGUUGCAGAGGACACAGAUGUAAAAAUUAAAUCUUACGGAAUAUACGGAAGGCAAAACAACAAAAAAGAUAUAAACGAAACAUCGGAAUCAAUGAAAAAAGAUUUCGACAAGUAUCUCAAAGAAUACAACACGAAAUUCGAUCUGAGUCGACUGCGGUUUAAUAAUAAGAAUUCAGUUCUAGAAAACGUUAACCCGAUCCCCAAAUGUUUUUCCAAUAAGCGAGAUGUCAACUACUUGGAAACGCCAAUGACGGAGUUCAGGAAAUACUAUCAGAUAGACAGAGACGACGAUAAACUAAACAAGGAUAGCAAUAGUAUACGUGUUGCGGAAAUAUCGGAUCCGGAAAUGAGCGAAGUAAGCGAAAAAUCCCGCGUAUACAAGAACAAAAAUGAUAGACUACUUACACGAGACGUUAUUAAUAAUAAUCUUAUGACGAAUGACACGAUAAUGGACUUAGAAAAAGAUAGAAAGACUUCUCUAAAUAAACAAAAUGCCGAACAAAUAAUUGAUAAUAGAUGUAACAAUGAAAAUAAAUACAAAACAGAUGAUAAUAAAGAAAUAUCUCCCAAAGAAAAUAUACAUACACCAACAUCUCCAAGGAAAAUAGACAUUUACCCAAAAAUAAAGCACCAAAAUGAUUAUAACAAAUCUCCAAUUAAUGAUGUAAGUCUGUCUCUUGAACCGAAACUCAUUGAUAAAGUCUCGGAACCACACGCUAUUGAAAUUAAAUCUCCGAAAAAAAUUACAAACAUAGACGAACCGACAGAUUUUAUUGAAAACAAUAUAAAAAGUAAAAUAACCGAGAAUAAUAUCAAAAAUUAUAACGAAAUAGAAGAAAACGAGCACAAAAACAAUCUAUUACUCGUGGAAAUCGAAAACAAACAGAAAAAUGUAAUCGUUCCUGAAAAUCAUGAAUUCCUUGUAGAAAUAGAAAGUUCAGUUGACAAUAGAGAUUUGGACGGCGAACAGAAAUAUCCUAUAAGUGUUAUAGUUAGCCCCAAACACACCGGUCCAAAAGAUAUGGAAUCUUCUAGAAGUAAUUCUAGAGGAUUAUCAUUAGACAUACAGAAAAAUGUGAAUACUUGUGACUCGGAUAAAAUAUUAUCAAGUAUAGAUAUUGACUUGGAAUUAUCGAAAGGAAAAGAAGAAUCUAUCAGCGAAAUCGCUAAAGAUUCCGACGAAUAUUUAGACGAUUUUUCAGCAGACGUCGACAACUAUAACAUCACGUCCGACAAUGGAAACAAUUCUCCUAUAUCACUCCCAAAAACUUCCGAGGACGAUAAAUUCUGGGACUCAUAA